ACGCAAAAUAGUGUAAUUACCAUUCAUAGUAUUUAAAUUAUUGUCAAUAUUGACAAAAUUAUUUAAAUUACCUUCAUUACCAACAAAAUGAACAGAUAAUUACACAAAAUAUUGCAAAAUUUACACACUUAUUUAGGGUUAAUACGAAGGGUAAAAAAUAUUUACAUUGAGUUGGAGUCUGUGAGCGUGUUUAAUGUCAAAAACCAUGUUAGGUGAUUUUUUCGAGGUUAUUUUUUUGUUUUGAAACGAUUCUUGAAAAGUGGGUCGAAAUCUUGUCAAAAACAUUUACUAUCGUUGUUUGUUGUUGAAAUAAUUGGUCCGAAUCGGAAAGCCAUUGAACAUGGACUUAUUCACGAAGGAUGAGGACACCGUUCACCGGGAGGCGUUGUGGAAAACAAUAGCGCAUCAUAUUGAAGCUGUGCCGGUUGAACUAAGGAAAGCCUUGGAGGAAAGAAAAUUCGAUCGGCUCAUAAUUCUGGGAAAUCUGGAUGAGCAUGCCAUCGGAAGUCUCCCGUUGGAUGUAGGUCCGAAGAUUUUCCUUGGCUACAUGGUAAAACGCAUCCGAGAAUUAACCAUCCCGUUUUUGAAUGCGGAUUUAAACAGUCGCGUUGGUUCCCAUCGUUCGGUGGAUAUAACACCGAACCAGAAAACCAUGAAGAAGCGAAAGCAUACGCCCACUACUUCUGCGGGAAGCUCGAUGCUCGGCUCGAUGGAAAGUGAAGCCGAUUUUAACGCUAGCGUGUAUCAGAACCGGAUUGCAGUUCUCGUCGCAAAUUUCUUGAACACAAAAUCGGUGCCAGGUCAGGUGAAACCCGGAGAUGUUCAAGUAAUUGUGUCCAAAAAUGAAGCAGAGCCUCCGGUAGCAAAAGUCGUUUGCGUCAGCUGUAAAUUGCCGUGCAAUGUUGCCUUGACCGAAGCACGACCUGGCGUGUUCCACCCAACACUAUCUAAUUUCUUCAAACACUACACCAAGUCACAUCCAAAGUAUACUCCUCCGGUCAUGAACAAGGACAUCCGGACAGCUUUUACUCGAACCAAGAAGGAAAAUGUAAGAAAUCAGGAGCAGCAGACAACAGUAACUGAAAGCAGUGCAUCUCACAAGGACCUCUUGGAGUCAGACAUUCCCGGCGAAGGCGUUUUGGAGGAGUAUCUAGCCGAGGAAAUCGAACCAGGAAACGAAGCAGUCACUAUCGAGAUUCUGGAUGCUAGCAAAGCUGUCGUUGUUGACUCACAGUUAAAAGUCGCAAGUCGGUCUCGAUCAGAAAAUCGGAAUUGGAUGCUCGUUCGUGAAAUCGAUUCUAAUCAGCCAUUAAUCACAAGCUAUUAUGAGUACACUCAACGAAUCGUUAAUAUAGCUGAACAACUCCAAAUCGAUUCGAGUUCGGGACGGUCGUCUAAUUCUACACCAUGUAUCCUGGAUAUUGAAACGACUUCUAAUACGGCUUCACCUAGUAUGAAAUCUAAACUCCUUCUGGAGCGGGAAAAGGAUCAAAUUUGCAGAUGA